UUGUGGAGUGACGUCACAGCUGUAAAAUGAAGGCGCAGCGGCAGCCAUGACUACAGGCUCUAUAAUUAUUUAAUCCAAAUAAAUACUAGCGGAAAACGUCCAUGGCAAGAGCCACAAGUCAGAUCUAUGAUGUUACACCCCUUCACUCCUCUGGUCUCUGCCCUUGUCCAUCCAUGGUAAGAGGUCAGCAGGACACGCCUCGUCUCCACGGCAACAGCAUGGAAGGUCCAGCCCCUCCCUCCCAGCCAACUCAACCACGCAAGAAGCGGCCCGAGGAUUUUAAAUUUGGCAAAAUAUUGGGAGAGGGCUCCUUCUCUACGGUUGUCCUUGCAAAAGAGCAUUCAACAGGGAAGGAGUAUGCAAUUAAGAUUCUAGUGAAGCGCCAUAUCAUGAAGGAGAACAAGGCGCAGUAUGUAAAGAGAGAGAGAGAUGUGAUGUCCAUUCUGGAUCACCCUUUCUUUGUCAAACUCUACUUCACUUUCCAGGAUGAGGAGAAACUUUAUUUUGGUUUGAGCUAUGCUAAGAAUGGAGAACUGCUGAAAUACAUCCGUAAAAUUGGCUCAUUCGAUGACACCUGCACGCGUUUCUACUCAGCUGAGAUUGUCUGUGCCCUCGAGUACCUGCAUCAGAAAGGCAUCAUCCACAGAGAUCUGAAGCCAGAGAAUAUUCUACUCAGUGAGGAAAUGCACAUUCAGAUCACAGACUUCGGCACAGCCAAACAGCUGUCCUCCGACAGUAGGCAGGCUCGAGCAAACUCAUUUGUGGGAACGGCUCAGUACGUCUCGCCAGAGUUGCUCACCGAGAAGUCUGCCUGCAAGAGUUCGGAUCUCUGGGCAUUAGGCUGCAUUAUUUACCAGUUGGUCGCUGGGUUACCACCAUUCAGAGCAGGAAAUGAAUAUCUAAUAUUCCAGAAGAUUAUAAAGUUAGAGUAUGAGUUUCCAGAGAAGUUCUUCCCCAAAGCCAAGAAUCUAGUGGAACAGCUUCUGUUAUUGGAUCCCUGCAAGCGGAUUGGCUGCGAGGAAAUGGGCGGGUACGAGCCGCUGAAAUCCCACCCUUUUUUUGAAUCUAUCAGCUGGGACGACUUGCACCUGCAGACUCCGCCCAAACUUACCCCCUACUUGCCUGCCAUGUCUGAGGAUGACGAGGACUGCUACGGCAACUAUGAUGAUCUCUUAAGCCAGUUUAGCAGCAUGCAAGUGGCCCUGCCUGGCUCCACCUCCUCUGUGGAUGAACCCACUGAGAAUCCUCUUCCUGUAUGUAACCCCGCCCCCAGCGUGGAUCAGUUCAUCCAUAUACAUGAGCUGGACAGUAACAGCAUGGAGCUGGACCUGCAGUUCAGUGAAGAGGAGAAACGCCUCCUUCUGGACAAACAGGGCGCCGUGAAUCCCUGGCACCAGUUUGUGGAGAACAACCUCAUCCUUAAGAUGGGCCCUGUCGACAAGCGCAAAGGUCUGUUUGCACGGCGCCGGCAGCUGCUUCUGACUGAAGGCCCCCACCUGUAUUAUGUGGACCCAGUGAACAAGGUUCUGAAGGGGGAGAUCCCCUGGUCCCCGGAGCUCCGACCUGAAGCCAAGAACUUCAAAACGUUCUUUGUUCACACGCCGAACCGGACCUACUAUUUGAUGGACCCAAGUGGCAACGCUGACAAAUGGUGUAAGAAGAUCCACGAAGUAUGGAGGAAGAUCUACCACAAACACCAGAGCCCCAGCCUAUAGGAGCUCUCCACUACGGCCACACCCCCAGCAGCCUUUUGACCAAUCACAGAACAUACACACCUCUUGUAGAGUCAACUUUCUAAUUUGUUUCUCUUUUUAUCACUUUUACUCAACCCUUGCUGUAUCUCACUUUAUCUUUUCUUUCUCUAUCUUAUUUUCUCUCUCUCUCUCUCUAUCCUCUGAGAGACUGUCUUAUACAAACACAAUCUUUUACCCCAGGAUCUCAGUGUAUACAGGGGGUGUGUCCCCUCUGUUUGAUUGGUCUGUAUUUAGAGUUAAGGCAGGUCCUUUGCCCUCAUUGGCCACAGUUGCUGGUCUGGCUGAUCUGAUUGGAGGAUGUGGUUUUGAAUUUCUGUGGUGGGAGAUCCUGCUCCUCAAGUUGUUUGUGUUCUGAAUCAAAACUCUUUGAACAAAAGUAUACAUUACAGGAAAUAACUCCACCUGAAUCAUCACCAAACCACAACAAUCACUGCAGAACUAUGGGUAAUGUAGUUCUAGAGGGUAAUCCAUCACCCAAGGCUCUGAGCCAAUUGCGCGACUGAUUUUCAGUUUGUUUUUUUUUUCCUUCAAAUUGUCUGCAAUGGGAUAUUGACUGUGUGUAUGUUUCUGAGUGGAGACAUGACCAGGUGUGUGUGUGCGAGUGGGUGCGCAAGCGUGCAUGCACAGGUGUCUUGAGACACCUUGAGAUUGUAGUGUGUGUGUGUGUGUGGGUGGGUGGGGUUCCUUCUCACGUGUGUUUUUAACCAGAAGGACAUAGGCAUGUGCGAAUGUGUGUAUGCAUGUAUGGACACCUUUGUCCUUGCAUGCGUGUGUGUGCGUGUGCGUGUGUGUGUGUAUGACAGUGUCUCCACUUCCUGGUUGGUAACUGAUGACUGUGAUGUAUAGUUGAUGUAAUAUUGAACUUGGAGGUUGAGUAGAGCAAGGUGACUCUUGGAUCCGGGUUUUGUAUUUUUAUUCUUGUAUAAGGUUAUUGGGCUUCUCUGUUCGGGCCCAUCUACUCUGUGUUAUUUAAAUUCUAAUAUAUGAAAAUCAUUUGGAUUGAAGUCAUGUUCGAGGGCCUUGCUGUGUAUGUUUUGAAAUGUAAAGCCUUUGAAUGUGAAGAAUUAUUGUAAACUAUGAUAUUUUACAGCUUUUUUUUUCUUACUAUAUCAUAUACAUUUUCUAUUUGCGCAGUGAUUGACUCAUAUUCUGAUAAUUUAAAGCCUUCGCUUACAGACCCCGCGCACACUUGGGCUCGUGUGUGUGUGUGUGUGUGUGUGUGUGUGUGUGUGUGUGUGUGUGUGUGUGUGUGUGUGAGAAAGAGAGAGAAAAAGAGGUAGAGACAGCGCACGUGUGUGGGGGUCUGUCUUUGUGUGGGCGCUGUGUGUAUUUUCCCCGUCUAGCUCUUGAGCUCGACGACACCUAGAACUGAAAUAAAGCAUGUAGGGGUUUAGGCCGAGAGAAA